AUGACCAAACCGGGUGAAAUUGAUGAGAGUUUGUACUCUCGUCAACUGUACGUUUUGGGCAAAGAAGCGAUGCUUAAAAUGCAACAUUCGACAGUUUUGAUUAUUGGAUUAAAAGGGUUGGGUGUGGAAAUAGCCAAGAACAUCGCCCUUGCAGGUGUCAAAUCGCUGGCUUUGCAUGACCCAGAACCAGUGCAAUUGCAGGACUUAUCUACGCAGUUUUUCCUGUCUGAAAAAGACGUCGGUAAGCCCAGAGACGUUGUUUCGCGCGCAAAAUUGGCGGAAUUGAACUCGUACGUUCCAGUGGACGUUUUGGGCUCGUUACAAGACCAAGAGCAGCUUCUGAAAUACCAAGUUGUGGUGGCUACCGAUACGUUGUCGUUGGAACGCAAAAUCGAACUUAACGACUUGUGCCAUACAAACGGUAUUAUUUUUAUAGCAACUGAAACUAGAGGUCUAUUCGGCAGUGUUUUCAACGAUUUUGGCGAAGACUUCACUGUUAUCGACCCCACAGGCGAAGAGCCCGUCUCUGGGAUUGUCUCGGAUUUCGAGGCGGACGGAACCGUAACUAUGCUCGAUGACAACCGACACAACUUAGAGGACGGCAACUACGUCACUUUCUCCGAAAUAGAGGGUCUAGAGCCACUGAACGAUGGGAAGGCGUACAAGGUCGAAGUGCUCGGCCCCUUCGCAUUCAAAAUCGGGUCAGUCAAAGAGCUAGGCACUUAUAAAAAGGGAGGUGUCUUUAAGCAGGUGAAAAUGCCUUUGAAAAUGUCAUUCAAGACGCUUCGGGAGUCCCUGGCUGAUCCUGAACAUUUGUUUUGCGACUUUGCUAAAUUUGACAGAGCUGCACAACUACAUCUGGGAUUCCAAGCUCUACAGCAAUUCCAGCUCGGCCACCAGGGCCAGCUUCCCCGCAGCGUUAACGAGGAAGAUGCUUCUGAGCUGAUAAAGCUCGUCAAAAAAUUGGCUGCCCAACAGCCUUUGGUGUUGGGGGAAGACGGCGAAGUCAAUGAGGGUCUCAUCAAAGAAUUGUCUUUUCAAUCCAGAGGGGACAUCCCUGCCGUGGUUGCCUUCUUUGGUGGCCUUGUGGCACAGGAAGCCUUGAAAGCUUGCUCCGGCAAAUUCACUCCCCUGAAGCAGUACAUGUAUUUCGACUCUCUCGAGUCCUUACCUGAUCCCAGGACAUUCCCUAGAACAGAGGAAACAACUCGUUCCAUCAAUUCUAGGUACGACGCACAAAUUGCAGUCUUCGGCCUCGACUUUCAAAGACUCGUGGCCAACUCCAAAGUGUUCUUGGUGGGAUCGGGCGCUAUCGGAUGUGAAAUGCUGAAAAACUGGGCUUUGCUUGGCUUAGGGUCAGGCCCGGAUGGAAAGAUUAUCAUUACUGACAACGACUCUAUCGAAAAGUCUAAUUUGAACCGUCAAUUUCUUUUCCGUCCUAAGGACGUUGGCAGAAAUAAGUCCGAGGUUGCCUCAGAAGCUGCUUGUUUUAUGAACCCUGACUUAACAGGGAAGAUAGAAUGGCUAACCGAUAAAGUCGGGCCGGAGUCUGAGAACCUUUUCGAUGACAAAUUCUGGAGUAACCUGGAUUUUGUCACCAACGCCUUGGAUAACGUGGACGCCCGUACUUAUGUCGACCGCCGCUGUGUUUUUUUCAAAAAACCUCUAUUAGAAUCGGGAACCUUAGGUACUAAAGGUAACACUCAAGUUGUUAUUCCUAAUGUCACCGAGUCUUACUCUUCGUCCAGGGAUCCACCUGAGAAAUCUAUUCCACUCUGUACCUUGCGGUCCUUUCCCAACAAGAUUGAUCAUACUAUCGCAUGGGCCAAGUCGUUGUUCCAAGGAUACUUCACUGAGGUGCCAGAAAAUGUCAAUUUGUACUUGACUCAACCCAACUUUGUUGAGCAAACUUUAAAGCAAGCUGGUGAUGUUAAAGGUAUUCUUGAAUCCAUUUCUGACUCACUGACUAACAGACCUUACACCUUUGAAGACUGCAUAAAGUGGGCUCGUCUGGAGUUUGAAAAGAAGUUCAACCAUGAAAUUCAACAGUUGCUGUACAACUUUCCUAAAGAUGCCAAGACCUCAAAUGGUGCUCCAUUUUGGUCUGGUCCAAAGCGUGCACCAGAGCCCCUAAAUUUCAGCCUAGAAAACCCCGACCAUCUUCAUUUUGUUGUUGCGGGGGCCAACCUCAGGGCCUUCAAUUACGGCCUCACUGGUGACGAGGGAGAACCCGAUCUUGCCUACUAUAAGUCGGUCAUCUCUAAAACGGAAGUGCCAAGUUUCUCUCCUAGAUCGGAUGUCAAAAUACAAGCAAAUGACGAAGACCCUGAUCCAAAUGCCAACAAUUCCGUGGGAGGCGAUGCUUUGGAAGCCCUUGCAGGUGCUCUUCCAGAGCCUUCUUCUCUUGCCGGCUUCAAGCUUGUUCCGGUGGAGUUUGAAAAAGAUGAUGAUACCAACCAUCACAUAGAAUUCAUUGCAGCCGCAUCGAACGACAGGGCGCUCAAUUAUUCUAUUGAACCAGCUGACCGCCAAAAAACCAAGUUCAUCGCUGGUCGUAUCAUUCCAGCCAUCGCUACGACUACUGGUCUGGUAACAGGGUUGGUAAACUUGGAACUAUACAAGGUUGUCGCAGGAAAGACAGACAUCGAAGCUUACUGCAAUGGGUUCAUAAACUUGGCACUGCCCUUUUUCGGCUUCUCGGACCCUAUCGCGUCUCCUCAAGGCAAAUAUAAUGAUAAAUCCUAUGAUAAAAUAUGGGACAGGUUUGAAAUCAACGGAAACGUCACGCUUAAAGAACUGAUUGACUAUUUCGAUGAAAAAGAGGGCCUUGAAAUAACCAUGUUGUCCUAUGGGGUAUCACUUCUUUAUGCGUCUUUCUUCCCACCUAAAAAGCUCAAGGAUAGGCUACACCUGCCCAUCACUGAUGUUGUGAUGCUCGUUACGAAGAAUGCUGUGGCUCCACAUGUGAAGACGAUGAUUUUAGAGAUUUGUGCCGACGAUAAAUCUGGAGAGGACGUUGAGGUUCCAUAUAUAACAAUCCACUUGUAA